AUGAAUUCGGGUGGAAAUGGAGAAGAAGAAGAGGAUGUUGGAAUUGGGGUCGAAAUGGAUUUUGAUCAGUGUUCAGAAGAAGCCACUUAUUAUACACAAUGUGCAAAUUUGAGAGAGAAAACGGGAGAAAAGGGAGAUUUUGGUGAGGUUUUUUAAAAAUGCAAAUAUGGCUUUUAAAUUUUUUUUGGAGCAAAAAUUAUCAAAUUCCCGAAAAAAUAUUUUAAGCUUAUUUUUUUUCUGAUCCACUAGUUGAAACAAAAAAAACUACGAAACUUUUUUGUGCAUUUAUCAUGAAACCAAAUUAAACAUUCAUAAAAACGCCUUUUCCCCUUUUAGUCCCUCUCCCCCUUUCAAACAGCGUUUUUUUUGGAAAAUAAAAAUCACGUUUUCAAAUGACAUCCUCUUUUUUUGCCACGUCAUACACGCAUGUCACCAUUUCCAAUUUUCCCUCGAAUUGAUCAUUUCUUAUUUCCAGAACGCGUUGAUUCGGCAGUUUCUCUAACUUCACCACGCGAUGCUUUUCCGGCAAAACUUCAAAAACUGAAUGGAUCUCGAAAAAUCAAUGAAAAGCGGACUUUUGAAGAAUCAGCAGUGAAAAGAACGAUUGGUUUCAAAAAGGAAAUGCAGAAACAGAGCAAAACGUGAGGAUUUACUAGGAGAAAUGUUGAUGAAUAAAAAAAAUAUGGGUUUUUCAGAACGGAUAGCUAUUUAUUGAGUCAUCAAAGAUUGGCAACACAUUUGAUUGAUUUCAUUGAUGUUCCGAUGAAUGUAAGUUUAAUUUUGAAAAAUAGGAUAAAAAUUGAGCUCUGAGCCUAGGGAAUUAAAUUCAAAUAAAAUAAUUUCAAAUCAAGUAGAAAGUCUGCCGACGUGGCAAGAUUUUUCCAAAUUUUGUGACCAAUUUCUUUCUCCAAAAAACCAAAUCAUGUUACUUUAUUUUCAGAAAAAUUUGCGCCGUCGACUAGACUUGGAUAAAGUCAAAAUCCCGUUAUUUUCAAUGAGUGAGACAGGAUUGGAUAUUUGUUCUGAUUAUUUUUUCCCGAUGGAAAGUCCUUUUUCCAAAAUCGAAAUGUCUUAUCUUCGAACAUUAUCUGAAAAUCUCUCAAAAUCUCAUAGAAAACUCAAAGAAAUUGUUGAAUUUGUUGAUAUGAUUGGAGAAAAAUCGCGGGUAACAAUACCAAUGUUAAUACGAGUAUUUUAUGAAUGGGCAGUUGAAUUCUUGCGUGAUCAUACUUUUCGAUUAGAUGAAUUGAGAUCGAAAAGAUUGGUUGAUCCAUUUCAAGUUCUAGCAAAUCUCAAGCCAAUUUGUGAAGAAAUUGAUUUGGUUCGAAUUAUUAUUGGAGAAGAUUCGAUUAGACAAUUUUGGAUGUGGGAAGGUAUUGAAAUGUCGUGGAAUCGUGUGUUUUUGAUCACACAAAAACAUGCAACUAUUCAAAAGAAUGUAAGUUGGUCCAAUUUUAGCCAGUUUUUAAAAAUAUAAACAUUUUUAGACUCGACUUAUGCGAAAUUUGCAAGAAAAAUGGGUGCAAACGUUGCUUCAAACAAUGGAUCAUAUUUUCGAAUCAGGAAGAGUUCCACUCGAAUCACGACAUUUUGUAUUGCAUAAGUGA